AGGAAAAUUAUGAUGAUACACGUCUUCGUGAAAGUAUUGGCUAUUUUGUCCUUGACCUUUGUUGGCUCUCUACCUUAUCCUUCAAACGUUGUCAUAGAUGGUGAUUUGUACAUCGUGGUAAUGUUUGGUCUAACAGAGAAUGGUUGCAGGGAUAUGAGAUUAUAUCCUUUCCAGUAUAUGGAAGCUGUCGACCUUGCUCUUGAAUAUGUAAAUAGGAAUAACGAACAGUUGGUAGGUUUCAAAAUCGGAGCAAUUUUCUUGGAUGACUGUUCAUCAGCAGAACACGGAUUGCAAAUUACUAAAGUCUUUUACGAAGGUGUUCUGGAGGUCAAUGAUUCAACUGGUGCCCGUAUUGACCCAGAUAGGGUUGUGGGAUUUGUUGGAUCUGAAAGCAGUGAUAGAACUAUGAAAGUUGCAGAAUAUUUGAAGACCGUAAAGACAGCGUUAGUGGCUCCAUUUGCUACAAGCCCUCAAUUAAGUGACAGAACUAGGUUCCCAUAUGUUGUCAGAACUGUACCAUCGGACAGUAGGCAGG